GUUUAGGAUGCUUUAUUUCCUGCUUUUAUUUAUGAGUAUACUAGUUCCGGUAAAUCUGAGGUUACAGAACUAAAUGACAACUGUUAAAAUAACAUAAGGUGUCAAUGUUCAGUUGAUUAAUAACCUGUUUUUGGAUUCACAACAUAUCUUGGAAUAUACAUUUCAGGAAGUGCAGAAUUAUUUCUAAGAGGGCUGCUUCAGUUUGCUAGCGGCCUGUUACUUCUUCGUCUAUCUUCUAUUUAAAGAUGUGUGGCAACCAGUGUGAAGACCACUGUCAUGAACACACUGUAAUGAAUGUGGAUAGAGCAAUGAGCUGUUCAGACCAACUUUGACAACUCCACCGUUAGAGGAGAGUGGGUUAAGAUGAGCCAUUUUUCCUAUUUCGGAUCACUACAUCGAGGCAAUCAUAGUUUUGUCUCUAACUAGUGUAUCUGCAUAUAUUUCAAGAUGUUGUGCAUCCCUGCAAACCAACAGAAUGAGUGUAAACAUACAGUACAGGCCAAAAGCUUGGACACACCUUCUCAUUCAAUGCAUUUUCUUUGUUUUCAUUACUAUUUAAAUUGUAGAUUCUCAAAACUAUGAAUGAACACAUGUGGAAUCAUGUGCUUAAGAAAAAAGUGUGAAAUAACUGAAAACAUGUUUUAUAUUUUAGAUUUCUCAAAGUAGCCACUCUUUGCUUUUUUGAUAGCGCUGCAAACUUUCGCUGUUCUCUCAAUGAGCUUCAUGGGGUAGUCACCUGAAAUGGUUUUUACUUCACAGGAGUGCCUGAAGUAACCCUGACAAGGUACUUCUGUCAUCAAGAGCAAAGAGUGGCUAUUUUAAAGAAACUAGAAUAUAAAACAUGUUUUCGGUUAUUUCACACUUUUUUUAUGAGUAAAAAAUUCUACAUGUGUUCAUUCAUAGUUUUAAUGCCUUCAGUGACAAUCUACAAUGUAAAUAGUCAUAUAAAAAAAAAAGAAAAGACAUUGAAUGAGAAAGUGUGUCCAAACUUUUGGCCUGUACUGUAACUGUCUUGAUAAAAUAGCAUGCCGAAAAAAGUGGUCUCCUAUGGUUACCCCGUGUAUAUGGUAAGUUGACCACAGGAGCAGGGCAAGUUGAGCCGUAUCCCAACUAUCCCCCCACUCUCCCCCCCAGCCCUCCCUCACCUUCUCUCUCCCUAAAUAACAGUCACUUCUUCACAUUCAUGUGUAUUUUUAUCUAUUAUACACUAUUCAACUGGUACAAUCAUUCUUUUUAUUAUUAUUGCAUAUAACUGGUAAAAAGCUGUUUUGUAAAAGGCCAUUUUAACAUGAGAAUGUCUUUAAGUGAUUCAGAACAUUCACAGCUGUAUUUUUGAAAAGAAAAAGUAACACAUUUCAACAAUCUGAACUUAAACUCUGAUCCUCUCAUCAGACUCCUUUACUUUCUCAGUUGAACCACUGGCUCAACUUACCCCAGAACUACUAUUAUGACUUUAUUAUUCCUCUAAACUAAAAUGGUGGACUUUUAUGUUAGGUUUUUGACCUCAUGUUGUAGCUCAUAGAUACCGCAAUUGAUGUAUAAAACAAAUUUAAAAUGAUCCUUUUUGGUCUGAACACAAUUCUAAUAAAACUUAUAUCAGACUAAAUUCACUUUAAAGAGUGAAAAAUGUUUUUUUGGAAAUAAAUGUCUGACCCCUUUACAACAUGUGCUUCUAACCUUCACAGACUCCAUGAAUUGAUGCCCAUCUCCUAAACAUAAGAAUAAGAAUAACUUUAUUAAUCCCCAAAGAGCAAUUCAAGUGUCUGUUGUCUCACAUAAUAUGUCUCCAAAAAGUGAUCUACUGUUUACACAAUAUUAGGUCACAUGAUCAAUUUCUUUUACCAUUUCACACCAACAGGGGGUGGCUCAACUUACCCCACUCUCCCCUACUUUUCAAGGGUCAAAAAUGUGUUAAUUCAGCCCUGCCUAUUGACUUUAACAACAGUGGCCCCUCAGAGUACUUGCAUAUUUGCCGACUCCACCAUAACAACAACAAAAAACCUGUAUCUUUAUCACUACCUUUAUUAGUACAGUCAACGCAAUGUUAUACUAUUAUUGGAAAUUGUAUUUGUACUAUAUCAUAAAUGUGUUUGUAUGUCAAACUGGAGUGAGGUUGGGGGUUAAAAUGUCCUUAACCGAGUCGUGACAAUAUGUAAAACCCCUUUGAUAUCAACUUCUUCAGCCCAGCCCUCGAGUCAACACUCUAACUGUUCUCCAUGUAACAUCUCGCGACACAACUUUCGGGCUGCUCUCCAAAUCCCUCCACGAGCUAACUUUAGCCAAGUCGUCGCCAUUUUAUUAAACGUCUAAAUAGCCCUCCCCAACCGACUGUUAUGAACCGCAAUGAGAUCCAGUGCCGUGUUCAACGUUUUAUCUCCUCCUCUGGCCACAUGAAAAUGGCCACGCAGUUGCAUUCCCGCACAUCCUCCUCCAGCCCCUGUACCCUGUCAGCCUUUAGCCCUCCACACACGCCACGGCUGCUGCAGCGUUCACCCUCUCUCGCUGACACGUUCACUGCCCGCGUGCGUAUGAGAGCACAAUCCGAGCCAUUAUUACUGGCGGGAGAGACGUAACUUUCCCCGAGAGAAGUGGGCAAAUACGAUCCAAUGUGUUACCAGUCCGCCACCUAGCUGCGGAGACGCGCCGACGAAGAUCUGUCGACUGUAUGAUUAUGAAAACACCCGCGCCAAUGUUGUUGCACAGUAGGCUUCGCGCUCCGAUGGGACUAAAACUCGGCUUCAGGAGGUGUUUUAACCUCUGCUGGCCGUAGUUAUGUAAUCAAAGCAACAUCUAAUGCACCAAAAGCUCCGGAUCGCUGUUGGUGCGAGGAAGGGGAAGAGCAGGACAGCAACACCUUAACCUCCUUGCCUAAACGCAGUUGGCUCCGGGACGCGCUCUCGGGUAAGUAGCCUACGUAGCCUUAUUUCAGAUUUUCAUGGCAGCCUGUAUUAAUGUGCGCAGGCCUGUCAACAUCACCAGCUCGCAGCUCCGUAGCCUGGUGAGAAUUUGUGUGCAUCCGCUUUGCGCUAAUUUUAUCCCUUGUUGCUGAGUAUGUUUCUCCGUGCAUGGAGAUAUUUCUUAUUUCAGUGUUGCUGACACCAGCAGAAGGGCUGGCAGAGGACAGAUAGAGAAGAAGGAAAAAAAGGUGAAUCGGGUCUGAUCUACAUCAGAAACGCCACAUGCGGGCACAUUUUGAUGCUACGUAGCACAUUGAGUUUGGACUUAUGUGUGAGUAUGUUUUAGGAGGCUGAAAUGUGGCUUAUUUUCUCUUAUUGAGAUAGAGUGACGACAACAACAACACGUGCAUGUGUGUAUAAUUUGUAAGUGCGACAGCAUCAGGCGGAUAGUGGUUUUCAGGGGUGCGCAAAGUCAUUAUGGAGAAGGAAGCCCCUGUUGACGUCCUCACUAAACCAGUGAUAGGUUGCUCCAGUGCGGUAACACCCCCACUGCCCAUACUGUAUCUACAGUAGCAACAUCAGUCAGCCUACGCAGCUGCGACCUGGGUACACAAUGUACGACCAACACACUUUUAAUACGAGGAGAAAGUGUGUUUGCGUGUGUGGGGGGGACUCACGUGAGAAACUUCCCAGUGUGCGUGGAGCAUAGCUGCACUGACACUUUGAGUCUCCACGGUUCAGUAUUUUGAGAUGCCAUCACAGCAGCCUCAAUUUCCAGCUGUGAGCUUGCUGUGCCCGUGCUGUUGUCAGGCAGACGACGGUGGUGUUGUAGUUAUUGAUGAUAAGUACACCGUCAUGGGUUGGUGAUGAUGGCUGGAAGUAUGGUGGGGUAUUAUCUUGAUUUAAUCGUCGCCUCAGCGCUGCCGAGGAACCACACUGACUCUAGUGUCAAGCCCACCCAUCAUCCUGUCACUGGAAAUAGCUCCUCUUCUAAUGUUAGAAUAAUUUUGAGUUAUGUCUGCGAGGUAUAGCUCUGGAGAGUAUAAAAAGCUAUUAGUAUGCACUUUGACUGAUGUUGAAUGGGCUUGCCCUUUUUAGUUUGAAAACCUGCCACUUUCGUGCUCGUCUUCGAGUCACUUUGCUCGAGCAGAUUGAAACUGAUGUGAGUCAGUGUUCCUCUCAGUCAUGUGUCCUCUCAGGGUUGCUCUUCUCCAUACCCCUCAUGGCCCCAAGGUCAGAGGUCAUGGAAGAUGAUCAGAAACCAUUUAUCAUCAGACUUUUGUAUUAGCCUGUAUCAGCUACCCCAUAGAUAUCAGCGUGAUGGAAAUAACCCGCAUGGAUAUGAUGCAAAAUUACUAAAAAAGUGACAUUUUACCAGUUUUAGCAUAAAGCUCAUUCAUUUCUAGCACCACACUGCGGUUUUCACUCCAGUGAUUUCGAUACAUACUCAAAUUUUAGGGUGCUCUGAAGGCCAAUAUCAGUGCUAAUAUGCAUAUCAAGAAAACUCCAUAUGUCAUGAUAAAAGCAGCAGCGGUUUUUCAGAGAGCGACUGUCUGUCUCUAUGUUCAUUUCAAUUCAUUGUAAGGAUUUCAAGGAGGCUUGGCCUUGGAAAAAUGCUUUGCAAAACGGUUACAUAACAGCAGUUACUGGAACAGAUGUUGAUUUGAGCUCAGUAUGAUUCAAGGAAAGAGUUUGGGUGUGGAGGGACCAAAAGGCAGGAGAGAUAGCCCACUGAGCUCUUAAAUGAAAACGUUUACCAAGAUGCUCCUUUAAGUUUGAGGGGCAGUUCAACGUGUCGAGAGACUAUUCUACAGAAGUGGCUCCCGGGGGAGAGAGAUGCGUGAAUGCUUUGCAGGGUGUGUUUUAUUAGAAAAUGGAUGAGAGUCUCUUUUAAUGAGCGAGAGUAUAAUGAGGGAAGCAUGACAGAAGAUGCUGCUCGCUUCGAUAUGUUAAAUAAUAACAAUACUGAACAAAGCGUGAGUGAGAGUGAGAGUCCUCUCAGUGGGAAGAAUGUUAUUUUAGGGUGUGUUUCUAGCAGUAAUGUCACAUUAAAAGUCAAUUUACAAUAGGGUCAAUGAAAAGCUUACUUGACUUAGAGGAAGCUAAGGGAGGAGGAGGAAUUUGCGCUCCUUUCCAAAAAUAAGUUUUACCCUUUCCUACGGAUUUGUGUUACCACUACUGAAAGAGGGAGGAGGGGAACGGUUGGAUAGUGAAUGGAGGGAUUUAGGUUUGAGAGGAGGAAAAGAACAGAGUGGAGGGGGAAAUAUGGUUCUGAUUAACAUGGAUACAGUGUAUGAGUUGACCAUUUUACUGUGUGGUCUACAGGGAGAGAGAGAAAGAGAGCGAGCGAGCGAGAGAGAGAGGGUGGAUGGGACUAAUAGAGAAUGCAUGCAAAAGCUUUCUGCCAAACAUGAAAAGGGGAGUUUUUUCAGAGAGAAAAGAAAGUACAGCAGAGGGAAGGGUGGGUGGAGAAGUGCUUGUGGGAGUAGCUGAGAACAGAAGGCGCACAGACAGCGGGGAGAGGAGGGGAGGAGACUGGAUCAAGUGUGUGAAUUAGUCAGGAGCUGAUUGAUUGAUAUAUUGAUUUGAGGAGGAAAAGCAGAGUAAGGAUUAGAGCGUAAGUAAAAGCGUACAGGUUCAGGGAUUGCUGAUGUCUCUCAGAUUUGCUGUUGUUUACAGACUGUUAAAAGCGAUCCAUCCGAGGAUGUUAUCGAAGAAUGAGAGCAGUUUUUUUUUGUCCAGUUAAGUGCCAACAUUCAGGGAAUCUGCAGCAUUGAUUGGUCCCCUGGGUUCUCUGUAUGAUGAGAUCAUCUCCGUGGACACAAACUUUAGCACCUCUCCACAGCUGCCUGCAGGAAGGGGACUUUCCCCCUCAAUUCCUGUACAGCUACUACUCAGCAUCUGAGCUCACUGAAAUGACUAAUCACUGGCGUUUCUGUCUUUCUGUCUGUUUUCUCUUUCCUCUCUUUCUGCCUCAGACUUACUGCUACUCACUUCAAGCCUAAAAGACAAGCGAGAUCUUCCUUUGCUGGAUGAAGGGGUCUAACGUUUUAUGGACUGUAAAAGGAUAUUCUACCAGGAAUCUCUUGAUUAACACCUUCGUCCUGCCGUUCACCCCUGACCCUGUCAACUUCACCAGGGUCGUUUGAAAGUAUCUUAUACUGGAAACCCAAAAACGUCUUACUACUCCCCCCUAACUUCUCUGAUGGACCAGAGAGUGAAGGGGGGAACCCCUCCAACAACAAACUCCCCUCUAGACCGCACCUCUGCACCUGAAGACUCCAAAAGAGACGAUGUGGCAGAGAAAAAGAGGAGAGGCGAGGGGGAGAAUGGAGACGUAGGGGAAAAGGAGGGAGAAAAAAGAGGAGCAGGAAAAAAGAGGGACGGAGACAAGGGGGCAGUGCUGGAGUUGCUCAUCGAGGGGCGCUGUGGAAGUGCGGGGCAGCAACAGCUUCAGAUCUCCAGUAGGGAGACAAGCUGCCCUGAGGGAAAUGUACGACUCCGGAUUGGACUCCAGGCCAAGCGCACAAAGAAACCGCCCAAGAUCUUGGAGAGCUACGUCUGCAAACCCACUAUCAGGACCUAUCAGAGACAAGGCAAGGGGAUCCUGCUGAAGGGGGAUGGAGAGGGAGGAGUGGGCCAGCAGAGCAAAACCAGCUCUAUUUCAGACAAGGCAACCAGAGAUCAGCGCUCAGGCUUGGAUUCUGUCCAGACCACAUCAAAACAAACAGCAUCUGCUGCUUCGCCACCGCUGGCAUCAUUAUCAUCAUCGUCUUCGUCAUCCCAGUCACUGUCAUUGUCGUCAACAUUACCUACAGCUUCUACCCCAGCCUCAGGCCCUGCCAUAACCAGUCAAGGGACCAAGUCUGCUAAACAGGUAAGCUCAACACAAGGACACACACAUACAGAUCUACCCUUGUCAAUAGCCAGCUAUAAACCAGCGAUAAAUUGGGAAAAAACAAAGAUUUAAAGUUGCUAAAGGUAUGCGUACAUUAUUAAAUACAAAUAUGCGCUGCAGUUCUUGUUUUGUUUUUAAGCAGUGAACCACCAAACAGGUUUACAUGGUGCAAAAUUGCUAAGCUUUCGUGCUCAGUUGUAAUAAGGUCAAAUGAGCUAUUGUCUCAAUAGCAAAACCUAAGCAGCCCAUUUAAACAAACAGACCUAUAAAUAGGACAACAGCACGGCAACCACUUGGAGCUAUUACAGACAUUGGUCCAUCAGUCCCUAUGACAAUCACCCAAGGGGAAGCUUAUUGCUUUAGCUGCACAAACACCACUCAAGCUGCAGCAUACCAAAAUUACAGGACAAGUACGAAAUGUCAAGCCUUCUCAUCUGUAUUAGUGGCAAUUUAUAGCUACCAAUAGCAUGGCUUUCUCUCUCACCGUGUUCUGUCUCUGCCUGGCUCUCUAUAUCUGUCCCUCUCUUCUAUUUUUACUUCCCCUCUUUUCUCUCUACCUGCUCUCAUUUAUCUUUCACUCCCCCUCUGUCCCUGUCCCACUCCCUUCCUCUCCGUUUCUCUGCCUUUGUAUUUCUCCUUUCUGUGUCAACCCCAUUCCCAUUUCUGUCACCUCACCCUCUCCUUCUUCUCAGUUUGCCCUCUUUUCUCUGCCUGAUUGAGUCAUUUUGUCCUCACUCUCUUUUAAUUGGUGGACAGAGACAAAAGCAUUUAGGUUAUUGUCUUUUCUCCGUUGUCCUUCACUGUUGUCAAAAGCAAACGAAUGGACAUCCUGGCCAUUGUUGAUGACGGAGGUUUUAUGUUUGCAUUCUCCAGGUUCCUAUCAAGCUGGCCGAUAAGACUGAGGUAAAUUCAAAUGGCUCGUCUGAGAAAGUGAAGAAAGAGAAGCAUCUUAGUGUCAAUGGGCAGCCUGUUCCUGCAGGGCAGAAAUCGUCUUCACCAACAGCAGACCAGACAACUUCAAAUACUCCUUCCAGCCCAUGCAGCCAAGUUCCAUCUGCAUCAGAAACCAAAAAUGAGAGAAAGAGCUCCAAGAAACACAACGGUUUGGGGCAAGCAUCAAAACAAAAGGGAUUAUCCCAUGGGAAAACCUCUGCGGACACCCUUGGCACAUCUGCCUCAUUGAAAGUUAGUCCACCCAGUGACAUCUCAUUGGUUUCUUCUGUGAACUUUUUGACAAGACCUCCAGUCUCUAACAGCACCAACAGAGAACUUAGCCUGUCCAGUAAGAGCAGGCCAGACUCUCCUUCUCUUGCCUCGGUCACCCCUAAUCCACAGUCCUCUCCAGCUGUCGAUCCUUCCUCUGCCCAUUCCCCAGAGCAGGAUUCCUCAUUACAGCACACUGGUGAGAAAAAGAGAGAGAAAGAGAGGAAAACCAAGAGGGAGAAAAGGAGAGAUAAAAAAUCAAAACGAGAUAGAUUGGCGACCGAAAGAGCAAAAAGUGAGAGCAGAAAAGAAGAAGGGAAGAAGAAAAAAAAGGAGAAAGUGAAGGAUGGGAAAUCAAGACGUGGUAAAGUUAAGGAUGAGAGACAUAAGACUGAUGACACUCGGAGGGAUGAGCUAAAUAUUGAAAGAGGAAAGUCUGAGAGUAAGAGGGAUAAGCUCAGCCCAGAAAGGCAAAGAAUAGAAGAUGAUAAUGCAAAUGGUGAAGCAGUUGUUGGCAGUAAAUUAGCUAAAAACUGUAAAUUAGGGAAUACGGGCAGACCAGAUGAGAUAAACAAGGCAGAGGACGUUUGCAAGCCAGUGAAACAGGCUGAGCCAGCAACAGGUGACACCAGUAAAUCAAAAGAACAAGACAUCCCAAGACAUUCGACUGUGCCUCCAAGCAACCCCUCUACUGCUGCCCCUCCCACUCUGCCCAAUCCUUCAACCCGUGCCCCCAUAUCUCCCUCUUCUUCCCCACGAGAACAGGACAGCCGCCCGCUCAAGAAACGUAAAACCAGGCGGCCCAGCUGGACCAAGCUGGUACACCGAGUCCAGAGAGUAGAAAACCAGGAAGCCCCUUCAGAUUCCCAGUUUAAUUCGCCAUUAAAUUCCCCCCAGAACCCCAAGACAUUGCUUCCUGCCAAGACCGUACAGCAGACUGAUGAGUCACACUCAGUUUCAGCCAGCUCCUUAACCAACAGUUCAUACCCUACCAAGCCUCCAUCCCCAAAGCAGACUCACCCAACAUCAGACCCAAGCCCACCUACGCCCAGAAGCCCAGUUACUCCUACUCGGAAAAGGGGCCGCCCUAAAUCCCAGAGCUCUAACUUUGACGAACCUCCCCCAAGACUUUCACCUAACACUUUCCCAGCUGAGGUGCCUCCGCUGAGCUCUGACAGCGUUGAAAAAGCCCCCAUAUUGGAGCCAAGUUCCAUUCUGCAGUGUGCCACUCAGCCCAUAGCGAGCCCCAGGAAGCGUGGCCGUCCGCCUAAACGACCCCUCCAAGAGGACCAAAAUGAAGAUGCACUGAACCGCACUGAUGUCACGAACAGAAGUAAAGAUUUUCAUCCUCCUGAAAAAGGGAACAGGCAGCUAAAAAUCAGGAGGCUAAUAAAUGAGAUGAAGAAAAGAAAAAAGAAGAGACUUCAUAAGGUUAUGCUGUCUGGAUAUGGUAGAAAGGAGGGAAGGGGCAGCGAGGCACCAGAUGGGGAGACCUCUCUGAGAAUGUGUAAAUCAAUUGAAGGAACAACAGUACACACGCUCUCAGCCCUGUCCUCCUCCUUCGGGAGUAAGCUGGGCCCUCAGAUCAAUGUAAGCAAGAGAGGAACCAUCUACAUGGGAAAAAGGCGAGGACGCAAGCCCAAGGCUCAUACCAACCCAACAACCCAAGCUAACUCCAAGAACCCCACUCAGUCAUGCCUCUUUACCAAUCCCUCAGAAACAUCUCUCUUCUCAACCCAACCCAACUCUCACCCGUUUCCCUCCCCAUCUCUUACCCACUCCAGUGGGGCCCAGAGCCCUUAUAGUGAAGGUAGCCUAACAGAACCGACAUCCUCCCUGCUUUUCCCCCAUCCUUUCUCCCUCCCUUCCCCAUCAUCUUCCUGUACCUCUCCUCGUCCACCCUCAUCAUCAUCCCUCUCUCCCUUCGUAAAGAAGAGUUGUCCGUGUCAGGGGAGGCAUCAUUUUCCCUUCCACCAGUCUUCUUGUAAGCUCUCCUCUCCCACGCCUCCACUGCAUCACACACCCGGUUCCCCUGGCCACCUUAAGGAGGCCACACCUUCCCCCAGGAGUGAAUCGCACAGUGAGGAGACACUGCCUAGUGACAGUGGGAUUGGUACAGACAACAACAGUGUUUCUGAGCGAGGAGAAAUGAGGGGAGCCAGAGGCCUGCUCAGAUUGGGUCAUGGGUCAGGAGUGCUUCUGGGAGGUCAACGGCAUCCCUCCUCUCUCGUGGAUCGUCCGUCUCCCGUCUCUUCACCUCUCUCUCACAUACCAAGACAAACAAAUCCACUCACCAAUCCAAGUGCUUUGGAGCGCCACAGACACAGGCACAGACGGAGGGAUUACGACUGUUCCCCUUCCUGUACUUGUCUGUGCCCAUGCCCCUGCCCAGGACACAACAAAUGCACUCAUUCAGACUUUUACCCUUGUCUUGGGCACAAUGCACUGAAGAGACAAAAGAAUAAACAUAAAAAGAAGCACCAGCAGCUGCACAUGCAGGAUCCAGAGUUUCUGGCAGAACUGGAGGAUCUGAUUGGGCAGUUCAGUGAGGUUCAUAUCGGACGCCGUAGUUGGGUUAGAACAGGACUUGCGCAGGGCUUUGAUGGGAGUGGGAAUUCUGCUGGAGGAAGACGCCAUCACUCCUCUUCCCAUUCUCUGCGCUCCAACAUCUUCAGGAUCAACCUGAAUGGGUUUUACUCGCCUCACCCAUCGUCUUACCCAACCAAUCCUUCCUUCUCCCCUCACCCUUUCUACCCCUGCCAGCCUGUGCAUUGUAGUCGGAAGCCAGAGCGGAGGCAAUGUGGCUGCCCUUCAAAGUUACAGGAGACCAUUGAAAACAUGGGCUUUUACAGCAGCUACCCUCCUACCACUGCACUUUACCACCACCUGCCCAGCUCCUACCCCCUUCCCACUCCACACCAGUACACUUCCCAUCAGCCCCAUCAUGCCCAUUUCUUCCUCAACCCCGCCAGAUUCCAUAGGCGGAGAAGCAGGCUGCCCAGGGAGGGAGAGGUUGAUGGAGAUAUCGAGGGAGGAAGUGGAGGAGGUCAACACCUAAGCUCAGGGUUUACAUCCAGUCUCAUCUGUGGCUGUGGGAGAAAUGAACACAAACACAAGCAUAAGCACCGUCACAGGCACUGUGAGCGGGACAUGGACAAUGAGGAAGAUCUACGUGAUGAGGAGGAGGAAGAGGGAAUGGAAAGAGAGGGGCUGGGGGGUUCAAAAGCAAGGUCAGGGUUCAUUUUGGGGCAAGGAGAUGGAGGAAGGAAAGGGGCAAAAGGGAUGGGGAGGAUGCUGUCUAAGGAAUCACCAUGGUUAUGUGACAAGAGAAACGAUUCCUUUUCUUCUGCCACCGCUGCCACAUCAUCAUCAUCUUCUUCAGCAGAAAGGUACAAACACACAUCUCUCACUUCACUGGGUUUGGGCUCCUCUCACCUAUCCUCAUUCGGAGGGGGCUGGGGUGGCAUAGGUCAGAGCUGGACAAAAUUUGGAGGCAUGGGAAGGACGGUGUUUGGAAACUCCAACCCAAGCUGGAGAGGUUUAGUCGGGGAAGAACACAAAGGUCAACUGGCUGAAUCGGACGGAGAAGACGAGGAUGGAGAGGAUGAUCAGGAGACCCAUCCGUAUAGGAGGUCCCCUUCCCCGGUACACACCAACCUUUUCACAACUGCUGCUAUGGCAACAGGAGGGAGAGGUCUGAGGAGUGCUCUGGGAGCUCGGAAUCCAGGAUGUGGAGACAGGUCUUGGAGAAGAGAUCAGCCGUCAUGGCCGGAGAGGAGAGAAACAGGUGAGCGUUCAUGAACUGUUUGCUAAGUAAAGGUGUGGGUGAUGAUGUGCUUUGACUUGAUGUUUGAGGAUGAGGUUGUGUCACAUGGCUCUCUUAAAUGUACAUUUAGUGGAAAACAUGCACAGGUGGAAUACAACAGAUCCUGUAAAGGCAUUAAAUUAUGUGAGAAAUCUAAGUGUCUGUGGCUAAUUGGUAGUUUGACAGUUUGGUCUCUGGCUUUCAAAGUCUACAAGGUUGUGUACUCGUUCAUGGGUUUUUGAAUGUGAUGAGCAGCUUGGCACUUGGCACGGCAGCCAUUGUAAUGAGUGUAUAAAUGUGUGUGUGUGACAGGGUGACUGUGACAUGUAAUGUAAAGGACUUUGAGAGCAGUUUACCACUGAUCACAGAAACGUAUCUGAAAUGCCUAAAUCAUGACAGCUCAGUGAAGUGUUUAUUCCAGGGGGAUCUUUCCUCGCACAGGCUGACAGGUUUUUACAUUUGAACAUUCAGGAGACGAGAUUGAAUCGAGUAGUUUGCCAAGAGGAGUGACUGCGCUGCCUUUCCUCAGGUGUUGUUGAGCCAUGCAUCAAGCCUGGGGGUGUUUGGGAAGAAAUCAGACUCUGUUCUUUUUAUAGCCAAUUUCAGUCCUGCUCUGCAGCGCAAGGAACAUGUCAUACACACACACACGCACUCAGCACACACAUAUGCAACCACUCAACAGCCACUCUCUGUUGGAAGUUUUUAUAAGUGUUAUAGCAGGAGGGCAACAUCUUGAUGGUAAUCUUCCAGAAAAUCUUUGAAAUCUUCCUCGGUUUUCAGCGAACCACAUGCUGUUUCAGGCCAGGGCUACUCAGUGAACACAGUCAUUAGUUAACCACCAGAUUGGCUAUUUAAAGCCUGGCCUAUCCCUCAAUGCUGGCCAACGGGGCCUAUUUGACUUGGAAAAAUUCAAUAAGGAAAGAGUGGUCAGUCUUGUCAGGGACUGUGGAAAAUGGAGCAAAAAGAUAAAUGACCACAGAAGUGAUUGAUGAAGGAAUUGCAUGGAGGUCAGGAUUGGAGCAGAGAGAGCCUGUGAGGGGAAAAUGUUGUUUUUGAAAGAGGUGGAAUACAUUUGACAUCAGCUCAUCAUCUAACUAAACCCACAUGUGUUCUGAGGAACGACACAUUGGCACGGCGCACUCGCACCCUUUUUUUUCUGUCUUUGUCUGCUCAGCUUUUUCAGAUGGCGUUCCACAUUAACUGCGAAUACGGCUAGUUCGCAUGUUGAUGUGAAAAAGUCUGCACUCUGCACAUUGUUUGUGUUCAUUAUUGUGUUUUUUAUUAUGUUUUUGUUAGUGUGUGUGUGUGUGCGUAUGCAUAAAUCACCUUCUAAUGCAUUUCCCAGAAGUGAUCUGGUUGGAGGAAAUGUUGUGACUCACCUAAUCUGUGGCCCAUCCGCAUGACUCAGCCACGACUGGCCUCACCUCACACCUCCUGCUGGCUCAAUCACUGAUCCACAUCUGUCUCAUUUCCUUUCCACCACUUACACCCCACCUCCCACCCUUCUCUCCUGCCUCCUCUCGCCUAAACUCUUCCCUCCCUCUCUCUCUCUCUCUCUCUCUCUCUCUCUCUCUCUCUGUCUCUCUUUCAAUGACUGCAGGUUUACAAGGUGACUCAAGAAGCCGGGGGCAGCAAAAAAGUGUGCCAACUCCAGACAGUGUGGCAGGGACAAACAAAAGAGGGCCAGGACGGCCAAGAAAGCACCCACUGCCUUCCACUGUAUCUUCCCCCACACACUCUUCUGCAGCUCCCCACAUGUCAUCGACUGACCUCUUGCUAGGACACAGCCACAACAGAGAUGGGAGAGAAGUGGGUGGGAAAAAAGAACAAAGACGGCCAGAGAAAGAUGAAGUAAGCGAUACACUGCAGCAGGUGACAGAGUUGGAGCUCCAAGCUAAGAGGAAGAGAGGACGAAAGAGGAAACACGGUGACUCUCCUUGUCAUCAAAGGUAAAAUAUCACACCCAUAUUAUGAAGUACCUGAGCUGGUUGACUUGAAAAUUCAAUACAACCACUCACUACUGCUAUAUUAACCCAUCGUUUUCAGCACUGUGUGCUAAACCAGUGCCUUUUCUCUCUGUCUCUUUUCCCUCUCUAUCAUUCUAUCUCUCUCUCUUCAUGCUCCCUUUUUAGUGUCAUUGAGGACAAACCUGAGUGCGACAUCCCUACUGACAAUUUCAGCCAAUCAGAGAUCGACCAGGCUCCACCUCAGCCAGUUACCAUACAAAGAGAGGAGAGAGCAGAUGGUCCUCCCAGAAAAAAGUUUCUGAGGGCAGGUCUUUACUCUGAUGAUUACAAAACCACAGAGUGAGUCGACUCAAAUCAUGGAAAAACCAUUCAAACUUUUUUUUUCUUGUCAAUAUUUUUUUGUUCACGAGUUUAUGUCUCCUUUCCAGUCCUCCCUCCCUUGCCCAGCAGUCAUGCAGAGAGAGUAUGGAGUACACAGCAGAGGAGCGUGAAUACAGCCUUUUACCAGCUCCCAUACAUGUUGGUGAGUAUAUAUCAAGAUGGAAACACUGCUGUACUGUGCUGCAGCUGUGAGGGCUCAUUCAAACCCCCUUUGUGUCCGACAGGAAAGUACCUUAGGCUGAAACGGAUUCAUUUCCAGCUACCUUAUGAUGUCAUGUGGCUUUGGCAGCAUAAUAAGGUAGAGUAGAUCUUCAGAGUAGAUCAUCAGAAAGGUAAAGCAUUCAUCUAGCGUGUUGUGAAUUAACUAGUACAUUUUCUUUUGUAUUGUUGCAGCUUCAAAAGCAGCCCGCAGUUCCAUUGAAGAGAAAGCGACGUUACUGUGAGUUGCUGUAUUUACAUGAUGGAUUUUUUCCACUGAUUAUGCUGUUAUAAACUCUUUCAGGGUUUGAAAUAUCACAGAGUUAUGAUUUCUGACAGUUGUUAAUUGGUUGCCACCAGAUUGAUCAGACAUCUUUCUCAGCCCAUCUAGACUCACUACCAAGGUCUCAAAUGAAGGAAAGGGGUCCUUGAUGGGUCUGAGAUCAAAAAUAAAGCAUUUUUGCCCAAAUAAAUGACAUAACGUGGUUCUAAACCUAAUUUAGAAACCUAAUAUUGGAAUUUCCCCCUGUGGGACUAUUAAAGGAACAUCUUAUCUUAAACUCUUUAUCUGAAUCAGUCAAUAAAUAAGAUCCCUCACUCUGAUUUACUCAGCUAAAUGGUUUUGUCCGAAGGAUUUAUCUGACUGUGGCCUAAAAAGCCAUUUGGCUAAUGCUGGCGUACCAUGUUUCCUCCCAAAAACCUAAACCAGGAUUGGAAAGAGAAAACAGGAAUGGGAAAUGAGAGAGCGUCGGCAGGGGAAACACGUUUUAACAAGUUUUCUAAAUGGAAGAAGGAAGCAACUUAGAAUGUAAAAGGAUGGCAUGAAAUACCAGCAAGUUAGAUCAAGGUUUUCUGCCAAUCUGCUGUGGAUCGUGUUGGCCUUGUGUGUGUGGCCUUUCUAUUGCAGGUGCUUUCGAAUAAAGAGCAAGAGCAGAUAAGCCCUGCAAAGAGGCUCAUUAGUUUGGUGAUUAGCACAGUACACUAGUUCUUGGUUUGAAUGUUAGCUGGGCCUGUUCUGUGAGGACUGAUGGUGUUCUGAACAAGUUUUUGAACAAGUGGGUCUUGUAAACCAGCAUGUUUGGGUGCAGUUAGCACUGAUGCACAGAGAGGUGUUAUUGGGUUUGAACCAGAACAGGGGUCAUCCCAUGUGAAAAUGAUUCACUCUCGCCAUGCCCCUGAAUAACCAAAAUGCACCUGAAGGGCUUGACACUAACUUUUUUCAGAAAAGAGCGCAUGUGCUCCUAAAUUGAGAAAGUAAGGAGCACACAAAGAACUUUAGGGGCACAAUAAAAACUGAUCAAAUAACGUGUGUCCUAUUGGUCGACUUGAGUAUUAUUAUUUUAAAUCAUUUUUAGGUUAAUUGGUCACAUGUAAUGGAAGCUAUUGAAGAAAAUGUUCAAAAUUGCCUUUAAAUUUAACACAAAAAUUUUUAGAGGACAAGUUAGGGAAAUAAAGAGUGUGUCUUAUCGUCCGACCUUAGUACUAUUAUUUAAAAUCAAUUUUAGGUCAAUUGGUCAUGUGACAUGGAAGCUAUUAAAGGAAAACAGCCUUAUUUGAGAACAUCAACCAAUAAUCUAUUGAUGGUCCCUUAAUCAACACCUGAUGAUGACAGCGAGGAUGCAGAGUAGAUUUAACCGCGCUGCUGUUGCUAUUCGUGGUUAUGGAGAGUGAGAAGACACCGGUAGAUCCGCAGUGAAUAUCCGUCAGAUAUCGAACCUAAAACUAACUUCACCGCGGUACUUACAUGAAAAACAUUUGUCACCUCAUCUGAUUUUUUUUAUGCGCACAUGUGCCCCUAAAUACGUUUUACAGUUCGCACACAUCUAUUUUUAGUCGCAAAUGCGAGUGAAAUGGUGACACUGUCAAGCCCUGACCUACAGGUAGAAAACCCAAACAACGAAGCUCGUCUAGAACCACAUGAGUGCAGUGGUUUACAGUGCAGAACAGUAGCUUCUGUAUCGUGCUACACUCUCCUGGUAUUAUAUAAUAAAGAAAGCUCUUGAUUCUCCGCACUGGACUGCAUAUAAACCUGGUGAUUUGGUGGUAAACACUGCAAUGAGCAGGUUCAGGGUUCAAAUCCAGCCCAUGCCUUCUAUGAUAAAUUAAGUGUGUGCUGGCUGCUUCCCACUGGAGUGUAGACUACAGACAUGGAAGUACUGGUUAGACGUUGAAGAAUAUAAACUGUUAUGAUUAGUCCUGCUGCCUCACAGCAUGACGGCACUAGGUAUGAAUCUAGACCACUUCUUCUAGUGGGUACCCAGUGUGCUUUGCUUUUCCCCUACUAGAGUGUGGGCAGCUGAUUUUGUACAACCAGAGUGAACUGUACAAUGAAUAAACACUUACAAAGUACGGUGAAGUGAAAAUGUAAAAUGUCCUCCUCAGGUUUAGUCAAUGCAUCAGAUCAAUACUUUCAUGCAUCGUCUAAUCUCUUUCUCUUUCCCUCCAUCAAUCAGGCCGGCUGAAGGAAAGGACCUUAUCCUCAAACCAGACAGCGGUGCGUUGAUGUGUUACACGUUGUAUCUUUGCAGUGAAGAGGGCCUCUUUAUCUACUAUAAAGACUGGCACACAACCCUUAACUGUCUUUGUGUUUCACAGGAGGAGAGCUCGAGUGACAUUACCAGCCUGUUUCCCCACCUCGACAUGGAGCCUUUGACCAGCAGUGAGAGGUAUGAAAAAUCCAGCAUUUAAAUCAACUACCCUUUGCAUUUUAAACACGCCAAUAUAAUGUGGAUGUUUCUCCCUGUGCGCCCCUGGCCAGGAGCUUUGUGGUGAAACAGCACGUGUUCCUUGUUAGGAACUGGGAGCUGGUAAGAGAGAGACAAAUCCGACUGAGGAUAGAGCGGGAGAGGGAAAGAGACCCAGAGGGAGAGGAGAGGGACUGUCCACAUCCGUCCUAUGAUGGAGCCAAUGGGGACGACAGCCACAUCAAGUCAGGUCCAUGAAGCAAGUGUGUGUGUUAGUUUUUGUUUCUGUAGGUGUUUGUGAAUGCAUACGUGUACGUGGUUGAGCUCUUUACAUCUUUAUUUCUUCUCUACAUCUUUACAGAUCUUUUCCACUUUUAGUGUUGUGUCCUUUAGCUUAAUGUGUGCAUGUGUGUGUGUGUUUUGAAUGUGUGUGUUUGCUCUGCUUACACCCUGUGCUCCUCAUGUUUGGCUUGUCUGUCCAUAUCAUACUCAGCAGCACAAAAUAAGUGGUUUUCCAACCACAGAAUAUCAGACUGCAGAAAUGUUUCCCCAUUUCUGUCAUCCUCUGCUGAUGUCCAAGAACCAAGCAGGCUUUGACUUUCUCCAUUAGCAGUCAAAACCGCAGUUUCCAUCAGAGAUUCCCUCGCUGAUUACGGAUAGAAAUCGAGGGAGGGAAAUGACAUUAGGCGUAAUUACCGAGAUAUAUCUGUGAAAGAAAUGAUGGGCUGCUUUCGUUCCUCCCUGCGUAGUCUUUACUAACAUUAAGAAAACUGUUUGACCUCUGACCCCCAGACCAGCAAGUGGGGGUGGAGGUGACGGUUACCAGCAGUGACCCCCACCAUCAGAGUCAGGACACCUCCAGCUUACUCACUGCCAGCUCCUGUGUGAGUGAACAAAUGCACCCACGUAAAAACAAAAAGAAAAAGAGAAAGAUUUUUUUUUUCCUUCAAGAAUGCAAAUUUCCACAAGGAUAAAAAUCUGCUUAUGUAAUUAUUUGUUCAUACUUACCCACCACAGUCUACCAAAACCCAGAACAGACAAGAGGAGAAGGAGGGAGAGGAAGAAAAACGAGGGGAGGGGGAAGAAGAAAAACGAGGGGAGGAAGAGGUCUGCAGCAGAGAACAGAGACGGAAACGGCUGAAUGAUUUGCUUUUGACCCUGCAGCACUCAUAAGCUAUCAGAGAAAGGUACGUCGAGCCUUGUAUUCAAACUCUGACAAGUAAAUGUACGGUUUAGUUGACGGUAUCUCGCUCUCGUGUAGGUGGGACCACUCUGAAAAAAGGGACCAGGCCCACCGCAGGACAGAUGGACAGGAUAUGAUGUCACAACACUGCUAUCACUGGUAGUAGUGCCUCAGAGAACAAAGUGACAAAAAAAGGGAGACGAGAGCUGGAGAAUUAUGGCGGCUGAAAAGGCAAGAAAGACAUCUCACACACUGACAGAUGAGUGUGUUGAACCUCGCGCUCUGAAGGGCAUCACACCAAGGAUGAAACCAUGGCAACACAUCCUUUGUCCAAAUGGCGAGGGAUGAUGAGAGAUAGAUUGUCCCGGUUGAAAAAGAAAGAAACAGACCAGCUGAAAGGAAUUUGCACUAGUGCUGGACGAAAACAAGCACACUAAAGACUGUAUGUAUGCAAAGUGGAUACACUUUAAAACACACGCAUACACUUUAAUUGCUCACAUUGGCACCUUAAGCAAACUGGGAAAGACUCACACUUUGCUCUUUGGAGACUGAAAGUGGACAUAUAUGGUACUCAGCAUUUCGACUCUGAAGUUUCCAAGAGACAAAGAGUUCACAUAAAAAGCCUGGGGGGAACAAAAAUGUAGCCCUAAGUAGGUCAAAAUUGAACCCUCAUUUAAUCGUUUAGCUUUCAAAGUCACACUGCACCUUGGGAAAAAGACAUGAGGAGGAGUGAACCAGUUAAAAAGCUGUUGAGACAGCGUUAGGGGUUUUCUUCACUUAACCAAGACAGUGUCUGCUAUGUACCAGUGAAUAGGCUGGGAAAGGGGGAAGGAGGAGGGGUGGGCUUAGUGAUAGGAAUUUUGGCAUCGCUGCAAGAGAAUUUCUAAUGAGGUUUUAAGAAAGAAGAUAUUUUUGAAAAAAAAUAACGACAGCUUGGUAACUAUCUGCUUAAAAAUAGACAAAGUAUAUUCGAGAAAGGAAUGUUUAUUGUUGACUAUUUUCAGUAUUGCUUCCUGGUGAAGGGGGUAAAAAAAGUGUUUUGUUUACUUCGGACUGCCUUUGAGAAUGUUUUGCUCCAGAGCAUUGACAAUCAGAAUGUCCUAGGGGGAGAAACGAGAGAGGAAAAGGAAUGAAAAGUUGAAUUGAUUUGCCCCAAAUGCUCUGUAGAAGUGCCAUGUUGUCUUGUGUAUGUACCUAAGCGAACUCAUGCAGUCUUUAAAAGCAAUAUCUCCUCUGAUAAGGACUAUAUAAGGAUUUCUUUUGUUUUGUUUUUGUUUUUUCUUCAGUUGUGAAUAUUUGAGGAUUGGAGGUUAUUUUUAUGUACAGUUGCAUAGUAGAUUGUUCUCAUUUUAGGAGCAUUUGGCUAAGCCAGCGGAAGAAACCAUAAGCGUUUAGUUUCAUGUGAAUGUACAUAGAGAGAGAGAGAAAGACCUGCUUUCUCUAUCAGCAGUAGCGUGUAAAAUUACAACCAUACAUGACGAUACUAUUGUGAUUAUACUUUACACCUAAUAAUCAAACCUGUCAUUUUACUAAUAUUUUUUAUCAGAUUAUAAAGCUGACCAAUAUUUCAGUCAUUUCAGCCUCCUUAAAAUUGACUAUGAUUGUAUAUGAUUUUUUUGUAGGAUGACUUAAUUUGUCUCUUUUUUUAGCGGAGCGUACUUUUUUGUUUUUUUUUAUAUUGGUCAGACAAUCAGUGACAGUGACUUAGUUUUUUCCAGUGUUAAACUUCUGCUCUCUUUCAGUAGUGUGGCUUCUAUUAGCGAGCCAAGAAAGUGCAAUUUCUUUGACUGUUUACAUACUGUAUGUAUAUUUUUCCUCUUUCCUUUUUUAACUAAGAGCACUACAUUAUUGCCAGUGGAUGAUUAACUUUAUAGCAAAGGUACACCUAAAGAGUUAUUUAUCUAGUUUGCAUGACUUGUAACCUUUGCCUGUUGCCUCUGAUAACGUGCAUCUGAAAAACAAAACAUCAAAAACAGAUAUAACCCAACGCCAUAGAAUGUCAGCUCAAAAUUUUGCCUCUAUAACCACAGUAAUAAAAGCAUUUUAUGUCUACUAGUACUUCA